GGUGAAUCCCAAGAGGACAUCAGGGUGCCCCGCAGUUUCGCAACUUCUUCGAGCACUCUCGGCCUCUGAACGCAGCCCAUUGUGGCUCAAAGACCAUGGCUGAGGAGUCCCCAUCCCCCCGCAUGUCGCCUUUGAAGCGCCUGGGCUGGCUCUGCGACCAGCUCUGCGGGGCGGCCGCCCAGCGCCGCGCCGCCUCGCGGGUGCUAACCCAGGCGCGGGCGCGCUGCGUGCAGCUCCGGGAGGGCCACUUCUCGUGUGCCGCGGUGGUGAACUUGACGCAGGAGCCGGACGAGGACGUGCCGCUUCAGCAUCUGCGGGCGGCAGAGCAGCACCUGGCGGCGGUGGAGCGAUGGCUGCGGGGGGAAGGCUCGGAGAACUCCACGGCGAAGGCGGAGCGGCUGGCGCGGGAGCUGGGCCUCGAGGGCGGCGGCCCGGAGGCCCCGGAGGCGGAGGAGUUCUUGCGGGUCUUCCCGGAGCAGCUGGGAGGGGAGAUCUUCAUCCGGGCGCUCACGGGCUCGGUGAAGGUACGGAACUUCCGGCACCCAGG